AUGCCGCGCGCAUACAAUCAGCCUGUCUAUCUUUCUGUAACAACAGAACGUAUUUGUCCGUCUUAUCUUUGGACGAAAUCCGAAAUUCGCUUCCAAAUCAAGAGAUUUCCCGAAAAAUAUGAAAUAAAUGAAGACUAUUUCAAAUUCAAACUCGCGCAAUAUUACUCGACGUGA